AUGCAGAUCUUUGUGAAGACGCUGACGGGGAAGACGAUCACGCUGGAGGUGGAGAGCAGCGACACCAUCGACAACGUGAAGGCGAAGAUCCAGGACAAGGAAGGCAUCCCGCCGGACCAGCAGCGCCUCAUCUUCGCCGGAAAGCAGCUGGACGACGACCGCACCCUGGCCGACUACAACAUCCAGAAGGAGUCGACGCUGCACCUGGUGCUGCGCCUCCGCGGUGGCAGCAGGGGCGGCUACCCCAAGGGGAUCGAGCCCAGCCUCCGCGAGCUCGCGCAGAAGUACAACGAGAACAAGAUGGUGCUAUGCACGGCUUCCCCUCAGGGUAACCAACUGCCGCAAGAAGAAGUGUGGGCACACCAACGCGCUGAGGUCAAAGAAAAGGUUCAUGUCCAAGAUUGGUGGACCAUGAUCGUUGGAGAGCCUGUUUAG